AUGCUUACCUUAAAGGAUGGACCUGUAAUGUUAAAUGCGCAAGAAUGGGAAGUAAUAGAAGAUGUUAUCCCCAUAUUAAAAUCAUUUGAAGUAAUGACUACUGAGUUAUCAGGAGAGAACUAUCCGACAUUGGCAAUGGUUAUUCCAUUAGUAAGAAGUUUACACAUUUCUCUAGUAUCAAAACAAAUGAGAACAUACUUAGGUCAGCUACUCAAGCAAAAAUUGUUGGGAAAUUUAAACAGUCGUUUUAAACCCAUUGAAGAGCAAAAUCCUAAACCUGAAUUUUCAAGAGCGAAUCUACUUGACCCUCGUUUUAAAAAAUUGGCAUUUCAGCAUACAAUUAAUGCUGAAAACGUAGAAAAGAAACAAAAUUCUAAUAUUUCUGAAACUCCUGAAAUUCAAACCAUCUCUAAUAAUGAAGCCGUCGAUUUAUGGAGUUUCUUGGAUGAUAAACUGAAUACAGAACGAACUCAAAUUACAUCAGUAAGCACUGCGGAUAACAUUUUAAAACAAUAUUUCAGUCUACCACACUCCAAUAGGAAAUCAAAGCCAAUCGAUUUUUGGAUCAAACACAAAAUACUGUUGGGCGAAUUAUUCAACUUAGCAUUGAAGUAUUUAGUGAUCCCUGCUACCUCAGUACCUUCAGAGAGAAUUUUUUCAAAAGCAGGUGAAAUCAUGUCAGCAAAAAGAAAUAGAACACAUCCAAAAAAUUUAGAUAUGUGA